GCCACCCACUUUUUUCUCUUGUUUACUUUUGUCCCACCACCUAGCAGCCCGCUGCUCGUGAACCCCUCCUCAAGCUCAGGCCUCUUUGUUUUUGCUUUCCCGCUUUUUGCUUUCUUCAGCAGCAACAACAACAUCUCUUGUAAUACUUUGCCAUUCUCUUUUUUUUCUCUUUCUAUUUUGUCCCCCGUCUGCAUCACCGCGAAAAUAAACAGUCUUCAAUCCAUCUCGACUUCCUUCAACGCGGCAAAAUCUCCAACCCAAACCCACGAGUUUUGACGAGCCCCUCUCCAAUAACCCCGAUUGCUACCGCCCUUCGGUUGACGCACACGAACGCUCCAUCUCCAACGUGCUCGGGACCCAUAACCGCCGUGUUUUUCUCUGCGAAUAGUCGACUUCAUAGUCUGAUAGCUGCAUACUGGCGUCUAUUUUCCUUUAUUCUCUGAUUAAGCAUAUCAAGUCGAAGUGCCUGCACGCAACGCCCAUUAACGCCACACUCAACAACGUCCACUAGCACUUCCGCUGGACCCUUCCCCUCUACUCUCUCACAAUAACCAUGGAUAUCGACAGCAGCCGACGCAACAAGGCCCCGCGCCCUCUGACAGACUCCGAGCGAGGUCGUCUUGAAGAAUUCAUUGACUCAAUCCACUAUUCUAGCAGAUACUCAGAUAGCGAAUACGAAUAUAGACAUGUGCAGCUCCCCAAGGCUAUGCUCAAGGCUAUUCCCAGCGAAUACCAGGACAAGGCAAAGGGAACGCUGAAGCUGUUGUGGGAGGACGAAUGGAGAGCCCUCGGCAUUACGCAAAGUCUGGGAUGGGAGCACUACGAAGUUCACGAACCCGAGCCACAUAUCCUCCUGUUCAAGUAAGCGAGCCCGGCAACCCCACAACCGCAUCUGCAAGCAAACCACUGACCGCUUUGUCUGUUUAUUAGGCGCCCCUUGAACUACCAGCCUCCCCAGUGAGCGUUAUCCGAGAGCAAGUUUUGAUUGUGCGUCACCAUCACUUCCGUCGACUCAACCGUGGCACGCCAGAGACCAACACCUCGGUAGCAGAAUACGCACAUACAAAGUUUGAGCGUUAUGGUUGGGUUGUUUGAUAUUCUCCGUCCUCCUCUUUUUUUACGCUUUGUCAUGAUAUAAUGGUUCUUACACGCUACAAGGGUCCUUUUGCGAUUGAUAGAAAUACCAUCGUUGGCUGGGUGAAGCAUUGGCUGCAGUAUCCUGUAAAGUCGGCAAGGUAUCGCUGGCUGGGUUGCUUGGGAGCCAACCCGCACCCAAGGUGCAGGGAGGGGAGCUAUUUAUCGUCUUUUUUCGCGUUGUUACAUGGGUGGAAUUGAUGUAUACAGAGUGCUUUUUUUUUUCCUUAGUGAGCAGCAGCAAAAAUAUAAAAGGGCUUCCUCAUGGCGUGAAAGCACAGUCGCGUGACGUUGAAACAGGCGUGUUGUCUGACCACACCAGCAGUAACGGCAAUGUGAAGCUUGGUUGUCAAAGCUGAUGUAUCAACAUCUGCGUUUCGUCUCGAAUGGAACUUUUAUUACCGAAUAUCCGCCACCAAAUUAGACGUAUGCAGCCUAUCUGCGGCUCAUAUCCAGUGCAUGUUUCGUG